AUGUGUGGUGUUAGGCUGGAAAUUAACCUAAAGAAGGAAGAAAGUGAAGCAAAGGUAGGUGCUGUUGGCAGUGACAAGCCUGGUGAUGUGGCCCUUCUGACAGGGCAAGGUGGUAACUGUACCAUUUUACAGACAGCCAAAGUUCAAGUGCGUGGUAGUGAAGGUACUGUUGUCACUGCUCAGGUAAUGUUUGAUAAUGGUGCAGACAGAUCAUAUGUUAGUAGCAAAUUUGUAAAGAAGUAUUCAGAUUUGUGUAAGUUUUGGGAUCUGGAAACUGUAGGGGUUAAGCCUAGGGAACUUGUUGAAAGUUAUAGUGAGACUAAAGUUUUCAAAGAAUUUGAGAGUACUGUGAAGUUUGUGAACGGUCGCUAUGAGGUUGCACUGUCAUGGAAGGAUGAUUCUGCUAGAGAAAAACUUUUGAAUAAUGAAGUCAUAGCCCAUAAAAGGUUAAGUAAGCUAAUGGUUAAGUUAGAACAAAAUAAGGAGCUUAAGAAAGAGUAUCAAAAAGUGUUUGAUAGUUAUGAGUCUGAUCACAUGAUAGAAGAGGUACCAAGACAGGAAAUUUCAGGUGUGAAUCCUGUGUAUUAUAUGCCUCAUCGUCCAGUAGUGAAGUUGAGCAGUUCAAGUACUAAGAUAAGGCCUGUGUUUGAUGCCUCUGCCUCUUGUUACAAUGGUGUAUCAUUGAAUGACUGUUUGUCCUCAGGCCCCUCACUCAACCCUGACUUGGUUGAGGUGCUCAUUCGCUUUCGUCGUUGGCCCAUUGCUGUUACAGCUGAUAUAAGAAAGGCAUUUCUGCAAAUUAGUGUACAAGAGAAAGACAGAGAUGUUCAUAGAUUUUUGUGGCCAAGAGACGAUGGUACAAUACGGCACAUGAGAUUCACACGUGUACCCUUUGGUAACACCGCGAGCCCAUUUCUGUUAAAUGCCACUAUCAAACAUCAUUUGGAUAAGUAUCCCCCCACUAGUGUAGUGCAAGAUUUGAAGGCUAACAUGUAUACAGACAAUUGGUUGAGUGGUGCGGAUUUUGCUGUAGAAGGAGCUGAUAAAUUUUGUGAAGCCCGUAGCAUUUUUGCUGAUGCUAGUAUGGACCUUACAAAGCUUGUGUCAAAUAGUUUGCUGAUUACUUCUCAGUUAUGUGACAAGGUACCCUUUAUAAAUUCUGAUGAAUGUAAUACUGUAUUAGGCCUUAAGUGGUGUAACUCACAGGACAGUUUCUCCUUUGAUGGCAUAACCUCAGAUUCUAUUGUAGAAGUAGUCUCUACUAAGCGAAGCAUCCUUAGUGUGAUAGCUAAGAUUUUUGACCCUUUAGGAUUAAUUAGUCCAUAUGUUAUGUAUGCCUGGGAGAAGCUUAGUCAUAUGGAGCUACAUGGGUUUGGUGAUGCUUCUGAAAAGGGCUAUGGGGCUUGUGUGUACCUGCGAGUACCUGUGGAGAACAGCUCAUAUAAGGUGUCAUUAGUAUCCUCUAAGUCAAGAGUUGCACCCAUAAAGACAAUUACAUUGCCGAGGUUAGAACUCAUGGGAUCUCUUUUGUGUUCAAGAUUAGUCAACUUUGUGAAGAAUGCCCUUAACCUAGAUAACAGUGUUAGAGUUAGGUGUUGGACAGAUUCUACCAUUGCUCUGUCAUGGAUUCAAGGAGAUGCUAGUAAGAAGGACAUAUUUGUAGCUAAUCGGGAAAGGGAAGGUAACACAGUUGUUAAAGAUAAAGAAGAAAUAAGCACAGAAAGUACUGUUGCCUGUCUCAAUGUACAAGGAGUGCCAGAAAACCCUUUGAUAGAUUUAGAUCGAUUCAGUAAAUUAAGCAAGGUGUUAAGAGUUACAGCUUAUGUCUUAAGAUUUAUCAGAAAUUGUAGAAUUAGUCAAAACAAAGUGGAUGGCCCUCUCAUUACUGAAGAGAUUGAUUUUGCUAAAUUGAAGUUGAUUUACUGCAUCCAAAGAGAAGUGUUUUCUGUAGAAAUAAAGGCACUUUUAGGUAACAAGGCUAUUCCUCAAUGGUCUAAAUUAAGAAAUCUUGACCCCUUUCUAGAUGAUAAAAGAUUAUUAAGAAUUAAGGGUCGUCUUGAGUUUUCUAACUUAGACUAUGACACCAAACAUCCUGUCAUAAUUCCCAAGGGUCAAUUUGCUAAGUUGUUGAUCAGAUUUCAGCAUGAGUUUUUGAAGCAUGCAGGUGUGGAUACUGUAAUUUCAUCCCUACGGAAUAGCUUUUGGAUUAUAGGAAUGAGGAGAUUAGCUAAGACAGUAAUGAAGGAAUGUUUAAGUUGCCGUUGGCAUGAUUCAAAACCUUGCAGUCAACCUGUGGCUCCAUUACCCAAAGAAAGAGUAAGGUCUUCUCCACCCUUUGAUGUAACAGGCUUAGAUUAUGCAGGCCCUCUUUUUUGUGCCGAUUGUCCUCAUAAGAAAUUUUAUGUAUUGUUGUUCACUUGUGGUGUUAUACGAGCUGUACACCUAGAGCUUACAGAAUCUUUAUCCUUGUCUGACUGCUUAUUGGCUAUAAGAAGAUUUGUUGCCAGGAGAGGUUUACCUAGUGUCAUAUAUUCAGAUAAUGCAAAGACUUUUGUAGCUGCUAAAUAUGAGGGUGACCUUGUGUUGAUAAAAGAGGAUAACAUUCCUAGAUUGAAGUGGCCUCUUGGGGUUAUUGUAGAUGUGUUUAAAGGUAAAGAUGGACUUGUAAGAAGUGUAAGGAUCAAAACUAAAAGGGGAGAGGUGACUAGACCCAUUCAAAGAUUGUAUGAUCUAGAAGUAGGUAGAUCCGAAGAUUUGAUUACUGCUGAUGCAUCCUGUGAUGAUCUUGAUAGAGAUGUAUGUGAUAAUCCUCAAAUGCCCAUGUAUACUGUGAGUGAUGAUGAUGUACUUCCUAGGUCUAAGUCUGGUAGAGUAAUUAAGCCCCCUGCUAAGUUAGAUUUAUAG